AUGUGUAUUGGUGUUCCAAGACACAUAGGAAACAGAAGGUGUAGUGGUGUUCCAAGGUACAUAGGAAACAGAAUGUGUAGUGGUGUUCCAAGGUACAUAGGAAACAGAAUGUGUAGUGGUGUUCCAAGACAAACAGGAAAUAGAAUGUGUAGUGGUGUUCCAAGGUACAUAGGAAACAGAAGGUGUAGUGGUGGUCCAAGGUACAUAGGAAACAGAAUGUGUAGUGGUGUUCCAAGACAAACAGGAAACAGAAUGUGUAGUGGUGUUCCAAGACACAUAGGAAACAGAAUGUGUAGUGGUGUUCCAAGACACAUAGGAAACAGAAGGGGAUGUGGUGUUCCAAGGUACAUAGGAAAAAGAAGGUGUAGUGAUAUUCCAAGGUACAUAGGAAACAGAAGGUGUAUUGGUGUUCCAAGACACAAAGGAAACAGAAGGUGUAGUGGUGUUCCAAGACACAUAGGAAACAGAAGGUGUAGUGAUGUUCCAAGACACAAAGGAAUCAGAAGGUGUUUUGGUGUUCCAAGACACAUAGGAAACAGAAGAUGUAGUGAUGAUCCAAGACAAACAGGAAACAGAAGGUGUAGUGGUGUUCCAGGACACAUAGGAAAUAGAAGGUGUAGUGAUGUUCCAAAACAAACAGGAAACAGAAGGUGUAGUGGUGUCCCAAGACACAUAGGAAACAACAGAAGGUGUAGUGGUGUUCCAAGACAAACAGGAAACAAAAGGUUUAGUGGUGUUCCAAGACACAUAGGAAACAGAAGGUGUAGUGGUGUUCCAAGAAACAUAGGAAACAGAAGGUUUAGUGGUAUUCCAAGGUACAUAGGAAACAGAAUGUGUGUUGGUGUUCCAAGACACAUAGGAAACAGAAUGUGUAGUGGUGUUCCAAGACACAUAGGAAACAGAAGGUUUAUUGGUGUUCAAAGGUACAUAGGAAACAGAAGGUGUAGUGGUGUUCCAAGAAACAUAGGAAACAGAAGGUUUAGUGGUAUUCCAAGGUACAUAGGAAACAGAAUGUGUAUUGGUGUUCCAAGACACAUAGGAAACAGAAGGUGUAGUGGUUUUCCAAGACACAUAGGAAACAGAAUGUGUAUUGGUGUUCCAAGACACAUAGGAAAAAGAAGGCUUUUCAGUCCUAUUUUCAGGACUUCGGAUGAUUUUUUCCAUUUCCCUUUAUGA